UUUUAAAGUUGCAGCCGACUUGACGUCAAAAGUCAUUUAAUAUUCCCAUUAAGACGGGUUACUAUGUAUAGGGAGCGAGAGUCCACAGCAGACCCCGGCAAGGUGGGUCAUUGGACACUGCGCCUUGCUGCAGUGGUGAAAGCUCGACGGAGCCCGCGCCGUUGAACAAACUCGGGGCUUGGCGGCCGGACCACUCUUUGCUGCGAUGGUGGCCGUCGACCUCGAACUGGCGCCCAGAACCCGACAGCACUGGCGGAAGUGUGGGGGAGAAUGUGGGCAACAAGAAGGAUGGCUUCGAACCGGACCUUCACGUCGCCCGCGCUCACGUUCGAGCUGGUUGCUCGGUGUUCGGUGACCCGCGCUCGCGCCUCGAUCCUGACCCUCCCUCAUGGCAGCGUCAACCUCCCCGUCUUCAUGCCCGUGGCCACCCAGGCAUCGCUGAAAGGUCUCACUCCCGAACAGCUCGAGGCUACGGGAUGCCGGCUCUGCCUUAACAACACCUACCAUCUCGGCCUCAAGCCCGGCCAGGAGGUUCUCGACGCUGUCGGAGGCGCACAUAAGUUGCAGGGAUGGAAGCACAACAUACUCACAGAUAGCGGCGGCCCAGUUUCCAAAUGGUUUCCCUGCUGAAGCUCGCCAACAUUACCGAGGAAGGGGUGCGCUUCCUCUCGCCGCAUGACGGCAGCCCGAUGCUGCUCACGCCGGAGCACUCGAUUAGCCUACAGAAUUCGAUCGGGUCCGACAUCAUGAUGCAGCUCGACGACGUGAUCGUCACUACCUCGCCCGACAAGGUCCGCAUGCGUGAGGCCAUGGAGCGUAGCGUGCGCUGGCUGGACCGGUGCAUCGCCGCGCACAAGAAGCCGGAUACCCAGAACUUGUUUUGCAUCAUACAGGGCGGUCUAGAUCUCGACAUGCGCCGCGAAUGCUGCCGCGAGAUGCUGGCCAGGGACACGCCGGGAAUCGCGAUUGGUGGGCUGAGCGGAGGCGAAGCGAAGGAAGACUUCUGUCGGGUUGUCGCUGCUUGCACCGAGCUCCUUCCAGAUCUGAAGCCGCGCUAUGUGAUGGGGAUUGGGUACCCGGAGGAUCUUAUCGUCAGCGUGGCCUUGGGAGCGGACAUGUUCGACUGUGUCUGGCCGACACGGACGGCCCGGUUUGGCAACGCCAUCACUAAGCAUGGCGUCCUAAAUAUGAAGAGGGAGAUUUAUGCGGCCGACUUCGGGCCCAUUGAGGAGGGUUGCGGGUGCCCGUGCUGCAGGCCCAUCGAGGAAGAAGGGGCCAUGGGGAUCACAAGGGCGUUUGUGCACCAUAACGCCGCCAAGGAGACGGUCGCGGCCCAUCUGCUCACGCUACACAACGUGUGGUAUCAACUGGACCUGAUGAGACGCGCAAGGGAGGCAAUCAUCGAGGACAGGUUCCCCGCCUUCGUGAAGGAGUUCUUUGGUAAUCUAUACCCAAACAAGGACUUCCCGACGUGGGCCGUCGAUGCCUUGAAAGGCGUCGGCGUCGACUUGCUAGAAACCUAAGACACUUGGUGCACUUUUUUCUCGCCCCUAUUCAAGUGACC